GUCACUCAAAACUAAUGAUGAUAGAAACACAUUGAUUUGUGAAAGAGAAAAUUAGAAUCUGUCAGCUUCAACAGUUCCAUUACUUAAAUGAUAGAAAUGAGUUUAUUCUUGAACUUUUCAAUAGAGAUACAUAAAGAGUUUUGUUGUUCUAAUACGACAACAAACUAAAUUCUAUUUGUUUCCCUAUGUAGCUUUUGGUGACUGUUAAAGAGUUUGGGAUGUACAGGAAAUGGGAAAUGGGAGAUGAGCUUGGGAACUCCACUCGGAUUAAUGAGCAGUGCUUAGAGCUUCAAAAGAAUAUCAAAGAUGAUGCUUCCAAAAUGAAGGUAGGUAUGAUGGUGGCUGCUUUCCUAAACCUUGUAUUCAUCUUGUGAAGCAUGUUUUCGGGCUAAUUUGGCCUGCAUUUGCUUUCCUUUCAUAAUUAAUACCUUAAUGAUUUCAUGGAGGAAGAGUUAAGCUACACUUUAUACUGGAAACCCUUUCUGAAUUUGAACAUGCUGAGAAGGGUGAUGCUUUGUAUGCAAUGGAACUAGCACUGUCCUUGGAGAAGUUGACAAAUGAGAAACUUCUGAGCUUGCAUGGUGUGGCUACUCAAAACAAUGAUCCUCAAAUGACUGAGUUUAUUGAGCGUGAAUUUCUAGCUGAGCAGGUGGAAGCAAUUAAGAAAAUUGCAGACUUUGUCACUCAGUUGAGACUGGUUGGAAAAGGACAUGGUAUGAAUCAAGUUUCAAUGUCACUCAUCGCUAAGCUUGAUUUGGUGACACAAACAAACUCCAAAUUUGUUUUGGAGAACAGCAAGGUUCAUGUAUUAAAUUCUGAUUUCUAUAACUUGAGUGGAUGUACAUAGAUACUAAGGGUAGAGGUUUUUUUUUUUUUCUUUUUGUCUUUUUUUUUUUAACUGACCUUCAAGUGUUUUGAAUUGCUUGAAGAGUUAGUGUUGCUGUUCAGAGAGAACUUCAAACUCGAGUCUGAUCGCUCUUGCAUACAUCUGGAGUUCGAUAUAUUGUUUACUUUUAUUUUU